UCACAUGCAGACACAUUCUUUCUCCAUGCUUCACUCUCACGCAUACUCACUGCCUCUUUCUUUAACUCACACACCUCCUCCGAACCAUCCUCCCCCUCCCUCCCUCACACAUCUAUCUUCCUAUGACAGAUAGAUGGUCAUUGUGCGGACAGGCGGAAGGUGCUGUGUUGAACUUGAGAACGGGACACGAGAGAAGCUAGAGGAGGGAUAUGAUGCGGCUUCCUUAACCGACACUGUCGAUAAAACAUUGCCGCAGCAACCAGCUCUGCAACAAUCAGAACGUAGGAAUGAGCACAGCAGCAAGCAGCAUGUCAAGAAUGGAGUUGGCAAUCCUGAUCCUUCUGCUAACCCUGACCCAGCCUGCAGAGAGUGGGGGAAAACCAGCCAAGAAAUUCAAGAAGGGAAAGCAAGUCAUCUGUCCCUCACAGCUGUCUGCAGAAGAGAUAGCUCAGGUACCAGCAAACUCCACCAGCAACAUCCUCAACAGGCUGAUGGUGACCUAUGACCCAAGGAUACGACCCAACUUCAAAGGUGUGCCUGUUGAAGACAGAGUGAAUAUGUUUAUCAACAGCUUUGGAUCCAUCCAGGAAACCAACAUGGACUACCGUGUAAACAUCUUCUUGCGUCAGCGUUGGAACGACCCAAGGCUGAAGCUCCCGGAAGACUUUAAAGGAGAAGCGUUAACGGUGGACCCCAAGAUAUUCCAAUGUCUAUGGAAACCAGACCUCUUCUUUGCCAAUGAGAAACACGCCAACUUUCAUGAUGUCACACAAGAUAACAUCCUGUUGUUCAUCUUCAGGAAUGGAGAUAUUCUCAUCAGCAUGAGGUUGUCAGUGACUUUGUCCUGCCCACUUGACCUUACUCUAUUUCCCAUGGACACACAACUUUGCAAGAUGCAACUGGAAAGCUUUGGCUAUACCACACGGGACCUGGUGUUCAUGUGGAUGACUGACCCGGUCCAGAUGGAUGAGAUCGCGUUGCCUCAGUUUGACAUCAAACAGCAGGAGAUUGAGUAUGGGAACUGCACCAAAUUCUACCAAGGAACAGGUUACUACACCUGUGUGGAGGUCAUCUUUACAUUAAGGAGACAGGUGGGGUUCUAUAUGAUGGGUGUCUACGCCCCCACUCUGCUCAUUGUGGUUCUGUCCUGGCUGUCAUUUUGGAUCAACCCUGAUGCCAGCGCUGCUCGGGUCCCGCUAGGUAUCCUAUCAGUGCUGUCCCUGUCCAGUGAAUCGAUGUCUCUGGCAUCAGAGCUUCCCAAGGUGUCCUAUGUAAAGGCUAUAGACAUCUGGCUCAUCGCCUGUCUGCUGUUCGGCUUCGCAUCGCUGGUAGAAUACGCUGUGGUGCAGGUGAUGUUAAAUAGUCCUAAGCGUAUAGAGGAAGAGAAAGCUAAGAUGGCGUCUAAAGAGAAGGCCCUCAAGGAAAAGGAGAAGAAAAAUACUCCAUCUAAAACCAACACAGUCAAUGGGACCGGAGGAACACCCAUUCAUAUUAGCACUCUACAGGUUGUAGAGACCCGCUGUAAAAAAGUAUGCACAUCUAAGUCGGACCUUCGCUCCAAUGACUUCAGCAUAGUGGGUUCUUUGCCAAGAGACUUUGAACUCUCUAACUUUGACUGCUACGGAAAGCCCAUUGAGGUCAUCGGCUCUACAGGCAAAUCACAAGCCAAAAAUAACAAGAAGGCUUCACCCCCUAAACCGGUCAUCCCCGCAGCAGCCAAACGCAUCGAUCUCUACGCACGCGCCCUCUUCCCUUUCAGCUUCCUCUUCUUCAAUGUUAUAUACUGGUCUGUGUACUUAUAGGCAGGAAGGGAGGGGGAGAGAGGGCACAAUGAAGACCGAGAGAGGAGAAGGGAUUGUGUGUGUGUGUGUGUGUGUGUGUGUGCAUGUGCUGGUGUGUGUUUGUGUGUGUUUGUGUGUCUGUGUGUGUUCCUGUGUAUGUUUGUGUCUGUAUGUUUGCAAGCAUGUGAGCUAAUAUAUAAGAAUGUGAGUAGGUAUUACCAGCUUUUAUAAAACAAUUUACUACGUUAUGCAGACAUUUAACUCCUGACCUUUAGCCCCUGAAUUCUAACCCCUGAGCUCUAACACCUGACCAAUAAUCCAGUGGUUCCCAAACCAGUUAAUCAAGAACACCGUUGACCUUUCAAAGUCCCCUUGACUGCUGGCAUUUCAACAUCCUCUUGACAGUUGACCUUUCAACGUCCUCUUGACCGCUGGCAUUUCAACGUCCUCUUGACAGUUGACCUUUCAACGUCCUCUUGACAGUUGACCUUUCAACGUCCUCUUGACAGUUGACCUUUCAACGUCCUCUUGACAGUUGACCUUUCAACGUCCUCUUGACAGUUGACCUUUCAACGUCCCCUUGACAGUUGACCUUUCAACGUCCCUUUGUCAAGGGGAUGUUGAAAUGCCAGCGGUCAAGAAGAUGUUGAAAGGUUAACUGUAAAAAAAAUUAUUUUUUUUUUUUCAAUGUCCCUUUGACAGUUGACCUUUCAACGUCCCCUUGACCGCUGGCAUUUCAACGUCCUCUUUACAGUUGACCGUUCAUCGUCCUCUUGACCAUUUGCAUUUGAAAAUGUUCUUGACAGUUGACCUUUCAACAUUCUCUUGACCGCUGGCAUUUCAACGUUCUCUUGACAUACUGUUCUAAGUUUGGUAUUCCUUCAGCAGUGUCCCUUGAGUCUAUUCAAUUACUGCAGACCAUAGAGAGCUUUUACAACUUCCUACCCAGACAGCCCAUUGUAAAUUCUCAUUUUUGAGUCAUUAAGAUUUUACCUGACUACCUUUAAGACACUGAAAUUAAAUUGUUGAAUUGCCAGAGGUUUGGAGUGUUCAAAAAGGAUGAAAGUGUGUUGAAAUGUUGUGUUGCCCGAUGAUGGAAGUGUUAGGGAACCACUGUGUUUACUCAUGUACUACUCAUGUUAGAAAUAUAAUAAAUUCUAUAGCUUGGCUUUCUCUAUGCACUAACCGCAUGUUUCUAUAGCAACAUACAGUCUUCCCUAUAAUGCUACAGUAUAAUAUGAAUUUAGAAAUAGUCAUAUAUCUAUAUGCUGUGAUAAUGUAAUAUUCAAUAUGAAGUGAACAUUAUUCUAGGGCUUUAGGGGACAUUGUUGGCAUCGAGUCUCAUAAAGCUCUAUUACAGCUAGUAAAACUAGUUUAUAUUAAUUGAACUGGACUCUAUCUAAAAAAUCUGUAUUAUGUGAACUGAAAUCUGGAAUUUUAGAUGGUGUCUAUUUUUAAGAUGCUAUUCCACGAUAGGAUGUACAGUUAGGUCCGGAAUAAUUGGACACCGACACAAGUUUUGUUAUUUUGGCUGUUUACCAGAAUAUAUUCAAGUUACAGUUAAAUAAUGAA